AUGUCAGACGUACUGACAGAACGCGAAGUGGAAAAUCCAUUCGAAAGUAUUGCAACACGGGCACCACCAACACAGUUUGGUAAUACUGGCGACCCUCACCUAUUCAGGCCACCAAGCACCAGUGUUCGACAACUUUUUCCGCUUGAAACCCGCCACCAGCAAAAUGACAAUGUUGCAAUAACGCCCAAAUAUCACCCAGAUAACAGUCGGGGGCGUUUAACCUAUGAACAAUUAGUUGGUGUUUAUCAGGCUGCAAAACCAGAGUCACCAUUUCCAGUGACACCGAAGUCACCACCGCCAAGCACUACAGCCAGCGACGGCAGUGGCGGCCGUGGUAGUGGCAUCAACCGAAGCAAAAGUAGCGGCGUUGAUCGGAUGAGAAAAUUGCGAUGGGAAUUUUUAGCGAAAAUGAAAGAGACAAAUUUUGAAAACAUCAAUUUUUAUAGUCCCACAGUGGUCGCUCUACCAAUACCUCCCUCAAUUGAUGAAUAA